GCACCUGGACAGUGAAGUGGAGUUCACUGCAGCGGCGGCUCCGCCCAGCGCAGCCCCGGGCAGCGCUGGUGGCCGGGAAGGGCUCAUCGUCCCUUUUCCAGCCCUCGGCAGUUUACUGCGGCCCUGUACCUGGAGCUCUGGCUGGGUGGUCAUCUCCUGCCCUUGUGCUGUACGUUGGAUCUAGUGGCCAUCCAGAAAUGCUUGUCUCCUGCUGUUGGUGAAUAACUGCAGACCAUGGAUCAUGCUGAAGAAAAUGAAAUCCCUGCAGAGACCCAGAGGUACUACGUGGAAAGGCCCAUCUUCAGUCAUCCUGUCCUCCAAGAGAGGCUGCACGUCAAGGACAAAGUCACAGAGUCCAUUGGAGAUAAGCUGAAGCAGGCAUUCACGUGUACUCCUAAAAAAAUAAGAAACAUCAUUUACAUGUUCCUGCCUAUCACUAAGUGGCUGCCAGCAUAUAAAUUCAAGGAGUAUGUGUUAGGUGACUUGGUCUCGGGCAUAAGCACUGGGGUACUCCAGCUUCCCCAAGGCUUAGCCUUCGCCAUGCUGGCAGCCGUGCCUCCGGUGUUUGGCCUGUACUCAUCGUUUUACCCCGUUAUCAUGUACUGUUUCUUUGGAACCUCAAGACACAUAUCUAUAGGUCCUUUUGCUGUUAUUAGCUUGAUGAUUGGAGGUGUGGCCGUCCGGUUAGUACCAGAUGAUAUUGUCAUCCCAGGAGGAGUAAAUGCAACCAACGGGACAGAAGCCAGAGAUGCACUAAGAGUGAAAGUCGCCAUGUCUGUUACCUUACUUUCAGGAAUCAUUCAGUUUUGCCUAGGUGUCUGUAGGUUUGGAUUUGUGGCCAUAUACCUCACGGAGCCAUUGGUGCGAGGCUUUACCACUGCGGCUGCUGUCCACGUGUUCACGUCCAUGUUAAAAUACCUGUUUGGGGUCAAAACAAAGCGGUACAGUGGAAUCUUUUCAGUGGUGUAUAGUACAGUUGCUGUGUUGCAGAAUGUUAAAAACCUCAACGUGUGUUCCCUAGGCGUCGGCCUGAUGGUUUUUGGUUUGCUGUUGGGUGGCAAGGAAUUUAAUGAGAGAUUUAAAGAGAAAUUGCCAGCACCCAUUCCUCUAGAGUUCUUUGCUGUGGUGAUGGGGACUGGCAUUUCUGCAGGAUUUAACCUACAUGAGUCCUACAGUGUGGAUGUCGUUGGAACACUUCCUCUGGGGCUACUUCCUCCGGCCAACCCAGACACCAGCCUGUUCCACCUGGUGUAUGUGGACGCCAUUGCCAUCGCCAUCGUUGGAUUUUCAGUGACGAUCUCCAUGGCCAAAACCUUGGCAAAUAAGCAUGGCUACCAGGUUGAUGGCAAUCAGGAGCUCAUUGCCUUGGGGAUAUGCAACUCCAUUGGAUCUCUCUUCCAAACCUUCUCGAUUUCCUGCUCCUUGUCUCGAAGCCUUGUUCAGGAAGGAACUGGAGGGAAAACACAGCUUGCAGGUUGUUUGGCCUCGUUGAUGAUUCUGUUGGUCAUAUUAGCCACCGGAUUCCUCUUUGAGUCGUUACCCCAGGCUGUCCUUUCCGCCAUUGUGAUCGUCAACCUGAAAGGAAUGUUCAUGCAGUUCUCAGACCUGCCUUUUUUCUGGAGAACCAGCAAAAUAGAGCUGACCAUCUGGCUGACCACCUUUGUGUCCUCCCUGUUCCUCGGCUUGGACUACGGACUGAUUACCGCCGUGAUCAUUGCUCUGCUCACAGUGAUUUAUAGAACACAGAGUCCAAGCUACAAAGUCCUGGGGCAGCUCCCUGACACGGAUGUGUACAUUGACAUAGAUGCAUAUGAGGAGGUGAAAGAAAUUCCUGGAAUAAAAAUAUUCCAAAUAAAUGCCCCAAUUUACUAUGCAAAUAGCGACUUGUAUAGCAGCGCUUUAAAAAGAAAGACUGGAGUAAACCCAGCACUCAUUAUGGGAGCGAGAAGAAAGGCCAUGAGGAAGUACGCCAAGGAAGUUGGAAAUGCCAACGUGGCCAAUGCUACUGUUGUCAAAGUGGAUGCAGAAGUAGACGGAGAAAAUGCUACAAAACCUGAAGAAGAGGAUGAUGAAGUCAAAUUUCCCCCAAUAGUCAUCAAAACAACAUUUCCUGAAGAGCUGCAGAGAUUUUUGCCCCAGGGGGAAAAUGUCCACACUGUCAUUCUAGACUUUACGCAGGUCAAUUUUGUGGAUUCUGUUGGAGUGAAAACUCUGGCCGGGAUUGUGAAAGAAUAUGGAGAUGUUGGAAUUUAUGUAUAUUUAGCAGGAUGCAGCCCACAAGUUGUGAAUGACCUCACCCGCAACAACUUUUUUGAAAAUCCUGCCUUGAAAGAGCUUCUGUUCCACAGUAUCCACGAUGCAGUCCUGGGCAGCCAAGUUCGGGAGGCAAUGGCUGAACAAGAAGCCACAGCGUCACUUCCCCAGGAGGAUAUGGAGCCCAAUGCCACACCCACCACCCCCGAGGCAUAAAGGCCCUGUAUGGGGUUGUGCACCGCUCCUGAAUUCUGGACUUAAACACUUUAAAUCCAAGGUCAUAGGUUUUUUUUUCAAGCCCUAAGGGAAAUGCUAGCAGUUACGGCUCGAUUUGGAGGGUGAACGAGGCAUAGCACGAUGCACUGCAUUGUUUAGAUUGAAAUAUUUCAAAGAUUAACAGGCCUCUUGCACUUAUACAGUUACAUUUCCAUCAUACCUUAAUGUUAUCUCUGUUUUGUGGGGUUUUUUUUACUCCUGAUUUCUUUAUUAUCUGAAAUCUUUGGAAACUAAUCACAUAAAACUACAAAAUUAGCAAAUGUCUUAAAAUCGGCAUGUAAAACAUAAAUUACCUCUAAUUUUAAACCUUCGUUUAUUAAUGUACUACUCAAACCUAAAAAAGAGAGACAGAGGAAAAGAAAAGCAGUCGCUCUAAAGCUAAUCUCACAUCAUUUUUUUACAAAAAGAAACUGUUCCUUCUAACUGCACCCGCACACACCCUGAUCACAAAACAGUUCGUCUAAUUGUCUUGGCUGAGCGCAUUUCCAAGAUGGAAUUUUCUAUGUCACUCCCAUUGUCCCUGGUUAUGGAGAAAGCCAUGUUUUCCUUUAUUAAUGGCUUUUGGUCCGGCCAAUGUUAGCUUCCCUCCCGAUAGUCUCCAUUCUCGUCUUUACUUCUGGAGACACUUCUGGCUCACUCUGUCUUCAUUGAAAGCUGCUGCUGCCGGAAGAGUUUUGAAGCAGAGCUGGAGCAGUGCCCCUGUGGUUACUUGUGUGGGGUCUGGUGGAGAUGGCAGAUGUGUUCCUUGCCGUUUGACUACCUAUGGCAAACGCAGGCUUGGCCAUCUUUGUUGGGAGGCCUGCGAUUCUUCAGCGGAUCGUUUUGCAGUGCUGCAACCAGAACUUCCCCUCCAUUUCUGGAAGAAACAGUCUUAGUUUUCCCAGUUUUUUCUGCUACUUCUUCAUGUUGUUCGGAGGCUCCAGCUUGCUGCGUCUUCCCAGGCUGCUCUCCCACCCUCCCGUCUCCCACCUUCCCGGCUCCCACCUUCCCGGCUCCCACCUCCCGUCUCCCACCUUCCCGGCUCCCACCUUCCCGGCUCCCACCUACCCGGCUCCCACCUACCCGGCUCCCACUUCCUGGCUCCCACCUUCCUGUCUCCACUUAGUGUUAUCUUUGUAGGAUGAGUUAAACUCUUACAACUUAAGUAGGUAACUUAGAGCAUGCUGUUGCCAGGUGGCUAGUGGCUCCUGAAUUUUGCACUUGUUUGAGAACAGACUGUAAUCAAUUUCCUAACAGAAGAGGAGAUCUACAAUGCGCUAGACAUGCUGGCUUUAAAAUAAUUUUUUACUAUUACAGAAUGAUGUAAAUGCAUUAUGGAUGUUGAGAACUAAAUGGACAAAGGAGAAUAAGAACGCACUCAGAGGUGACUAUCACAGGCACCUUAAUGAGGCUCCCUCCAGGUCUUUUCCUGUAUAUACAUAUUCCCUAACAAAAAUAAGCACAGGUCUGCAUAGUGUUCUAUAGUCGAUCUUUUUAGUUGACAACCUCCGCUUUGUUAUUCCAAAGUAUUCCCCCAUACAGUAUUCAGGUUUCCUAUUGUCCUCAAAUUUGCUGUUGAUUUGUCUAGACUUGUAUUAAUUCUAUGAUUUUACAUUGUAAUUGGUCAUGUGCCUUAAGUCUAUUUCAAUCUAUACAGUUCUUUUUGUCUCUUAAAAAUACGUAGAUGACUAAGAUAGUUGUAUUGAAGAAUCCCAUCUUGUGACUGUGUCUAGUUCCUUCUCCAGUGUUACUGGACUUGCUCAGCUAGUCCUCAUGUUACCUGUCAUCCAGACGUCAUUAUUCAAGACACAUGGACAUGAGUUAAGUAAUUUAUGCUAGUCUGGACCCUAGAUAAAACAUGCUUCAUAUUGUACCACUCAGAAAAACACAGGCCAUCUAGCUUGCCUACCUUUUAGAGUGUGCAGAUAAACUACUGGAUCAACAUGGCAGUCUAACCCUUCAGCUGGUUUUUAUAGUAUAUAUUAUUAUCCAUAUGAUGUUCCUUUGGCAUUAAAUAAAUGUCAUUUCUCAUUAAGCCAGAAAUUAUAACACUGGGUGACAGUCCUUGCCGAAGUGAACUAUUUUAUUAAAGUUUGUCCAUUUCUUUC